ACCCACCAAAACACCUGGGUCACUUUUGUCCUGCCCUCUCUCGAAGCUUUCGUGAAUAACCUUUCAUCCUCUCACACGAAGUUGCUUCUGCCGGACCGUUCGCCGACUCUGUUCGAGAUCUCGCCGGAUCGUUGGCCGCUUCUUUUUGGUUUGAAACCCUUGGGAAAGAAGAAAUUAUGGAAUUCCUUGGAGUUGGAGGCUUUGAGUUGAGGAAGAUUAUAUACUACUCCAGUCUCCAGUAGUAACUCUAUCUCCAUUGUUGAAGAAGCCCUAGUCAAGCAAUGGAAGCUGGAGGUAGCAGUAACGAUAAUAGGGGGGGUGAAUCUAGGCGUACAUGGAGUAGAGGUGAGGAAGAAGCUUUGCUGGUUCUUUUAGAUGAAGCUGUAGCUAGUGGGCAACGUUGUGACACGGGAGCAUUUAAACCUGGUACACUUAAUAUGAUUGAGCGGCAACUGGCUGAAAUGUGUCCUAACUCGGGAUUGCAAGCAACUUCACAUAUUGAAUCGAAGCUAAAAAAGUGGAAGAAGCAAUAUGGUAUCAUAUACGACAUGCUGAACAAAAGUGGAUUUGGAUGGAAUGACACUCUUAAAUGUGUGGAGGUUGACAGUGACGAUGCUUGGAAAGCAUAUGUGCAGAGUAAUCCAAGUGCAAAAAGUUGGAGAGGUAAACCUUUUCCGAUAUAUGAGAGGCUUGCUAAUAUUUUUGGGAAGGAUCGGGCAACAGGACAUGGAGCACAAACUCCAAUUGAUUUAGUUAAUGAUAUAAAUAUGGAGCUUGACAAUGACCAAUUUGAUGAUGUGGGUUCUCCAAUGUCUAUGAAUCAAACACAUAGUCAACUGCCCAAACAAUCCCAAUUAAGAGGUAAGAGGAAAGCUAAAUCGAAGGAUGUUGACAUCGUUAGCAGGUUAAACAAUGUAGCAGAUAAGUUUAUUGAUAAAUUGGCUACAUAGUUAGACAAGUUGGAGAAGUCUGAUAUCAACUAUCCACAAUACUUAGCUAUGGAGCUUGACAGGUUAUGAUUCCCUAUUACUGACAAUCUCAAAAUCUCUAAGGCAAUGAGAUCGGAUCCAUCGAACGUUGAGGUUUUCAAGAUUAUUAAAACCGAUGAGCAGAAGAUUGAAUUUGCUUGUGGAUUUUUGGAUAACUAAAUUAGUAUUGUUGUGGAUUAUAUAUUUAUGGAUAUGUAUGAGAGGAUGACAACUAUGAACAUUUGGAAUUGAAACUUAUGGACAUAUAUUGUAACGUAUUGAAUGUUGGUUUCUAAUUAUGCAUGUACGGAUAAUUUUAUUAUUAUGUGUUAUGUUUUAGAAUA